AUGGAAGUAACAUUCGAUCUUUGCAAUGAAGUUCUGAAGAAGUUCUAUGGUAAACCAGACGACGUGUACCCACUAUAUCUGGUUAUGUGUGUUCUUAAUGGUGUUCUCUCUUUGACCUCGGUUUUGGGAAAUAUAAGUAUAAUCUUCGCGUUAAAGAAAACUUCAUCAAUUCCUUUGUCAACGCGAAGUCUACUACAGUGUUUAGCGCUAACAGAUCUCGCCACUGGUUUCCUGGGCCAUCCUCUUUACAUCGCUAUCAUGUCAGGAAUUCGGCAAGAGUAUAGUUGUGAGAAUAUCCAUGUAAUACUAUUUUCAUUUUUCAUGAUAGAAGGUUUGUUACUUUCCGCAUCAUUUACAACAGUGACUUUAAUGGGAGUGGAUCGGUUUCUGGCAAUUUUCUUGCAUCUUAGAUACAACGAACUAGUAACUCCAAAGCGAACGGUCACCGUAGUACUUGCGUUGUGGAUUUUCGGACUAGUUACCACUAUCAUCUCUGUCUUCUGGUAUUUUAAGGCUGGGGAGACACUUUUGCUAAUUUUUGGUUAUAACUGUACGCUUUUACUUAGCAUCAUAUACAUUAAACUCUUUUCCGUCGCUCGUCAGCACGCAGCAUGCAUAAACAGCCAAGCGCAGGUGGCAAUACAUUUGUCAAAUUUCACAAGCAUGACUCGGAGCAAAAACUUGGCCAUCAAAACAUUUUAUGUAUAUGUUGUAUUUUUGCUGUGUUAUUGUCCUUAUUUAAUCGUUUUAACUGUGUUGUUUGUUAGUUCACGGCCGAGUACAACGAUGAAGGGAGCUGUUCAACUUACAACAGUUUUAAUGAUGCUCAAUUCAUCGUUAAACCCUCUGGUGUUUGGUUGGAAAAUGAGGGAAGUUCGUCAAAACGUUAAGAAUUAUUUUAAAAGUUAUUUUUUCCAUAAAUCAGAUGAAGCCUUCCUUUGGGUUACACGUUCAGCAGACAAACAUCAAAAAAUCGUAACUAGUCUAGCUUGGUCCUGAGUAGAAAAAUUAAUGCCGGCGGGAAACCAGGGUGUAACUCGUCGUCGAGAGCCUCCUUUAGCUUUAACAACUAUAGAAGGCUGUUUUUUUCUUUUUCUUUUUUUUUUUUUCAAAUCCAUCAGAUAGUGAUAAGGCAUCAAAGGUUUUUUAGUGCAUUUUGUCUGGGACUUAAACGGAUUGGCUUUCAAGCAUGGAAUGCUUGCCAAGGGCAAUUUAUGACCUCAUUUAUUUAGCUGUCAUUUUUCUGCCUUGCAUGUACGGUUUUAAUAAAACUAGUUAUUCGUGUUCAUUUGCAAUCUUUCUUGAUAGUUCAGUAAUGUAUCUUUCGUGCAUUUAAUAAUUUUAACUACUGGGAGUGUGUCGAAGGACUUGGGUGAGGGACUGAAGGAAACGACAAUUCUGUGAUUGGGAGGCUUAAGAGGAUUUUAAUAUACUACUGCUUCGUUACGGUGCGCUGCGAAAUCGCGACUGAUUCUAGGGCCUUAAAUAAACCUAGAAAAAUAACCAAAAACGUCCACCGUAAAUUCUCAUUUAAAAAUGCUUUAAAUCAUGGGUACAGAAGCCCAUAAAAUGACAGUAAAUACAAGCAGAAGUAUAUAACUCCAAUGCAGGAGUUUUGGAGUUCCUAUAUGCCUGAACUUAACUUAUAUGAUAAAUCUAACCAACAUAGUAUGCAAGUGUUGGAUUUCUUCGUUGAAAAAGCUCAUCGUACUUCAUUGCCUUUUAAUAAAGAUUGAAAAUGACAAUUCAUAGGAGGCAAUUUAUGGACUUGAUGUAAUGUGGUUUUUUUAUUUGUGCAAAUUAUCAGGAAACGGUUUACCCCGGCCAGUUCUGACAACACACCUUAACUUACUGGAAAAUACAAUGAAAACAAAGGCCGAAAAGCUAAGUAGAAGCCGAUUGAGUAGAUAGGAUUAUUUAAUAUGUCAAAUUUUUUUUACUUGUUUUCUAUCACGAGGUGCUCGCCGCCACUUGCUUUUAAUUAUUAAGCAACGCUAAAUAACAUUGUAGCGGAAUUAUCUCCCAUUCAAUAUGACAGGAGAAAAGUGAGAAGUUAGCCCAUAGUUUAAAAUGUUUAAUUCUGUUGGUUUAAUGUUAUGUAAUUGACGGUUUUGUCGGUAUCAUCUUUUAACUAAUUCCUAUUUGGGUGAUUUAUUUCCUCUAUUUUUCACCUUGGGCCAUUCGCCUGGUCAGUAAUAAUAACAUGUCGUUUUAGACUCAGACCAACUGCUUUUUUCUUUGUACUCAGUAAUGAUGCCAAAUGAUCAGCGACUGAGAUGUUAGAUAAGUAGUAAAGUACCUUCAGGCAGUUUAAGCUAAAAAAACUUUAUAAUUCAGCUUGCGUUAUGAAAAAUAGAGGAUUGUUGUUUUGGUAUAAAAUUAAAAAAACCCGACAAUUCAAAUUAUGCCACGUACAUACAUUCAUUUAAAUUUUCAGUGGUUUCUGCCUGGAGGCUAAGCAAGCCACAGAGUUGGCGCUGACUUUGUUUCAGUGCCUUUUAGCAGUCAACCUCAAAGAAAAAACAAAAUUACCAAGUCCAGGAUUGUCAAGCACUUCCAUCUCGUUGCUCUCUCCAAGAAAUACGAUAUGAUUGUCUUAAUAGAAAUGAAACUAACAUUACAUAACUUUCGUACGAUAUUUAUUCUGGACUCUUUUAACUUUAUCAAUAUUAAUUGUUCAAGAGGACUGUAUUUGUUUUACUAUUAGAGAAUCAAGCCAUUGGAAAAAUUAUAUCGGUGAGCUAAUUUGUCAGUCAAAUGACGACUAAAGGUGCUAAUUUCAUGCGCUUACGUAAAAUAAGAAAAUUAAGAAAGUUUUUUAUUCUCCUUGUACAAAUUACCUUCAGAACGUCAACCGCGUAAAAACUACUUGAUGCGCAAGAUCACCAACUUGUAAGUCAGGGGAUGCUGCGUAUGCAGAAGUUAAAAUGGCAGCAUCACUCAAACUUUGCAAUGAGGUUUUGAUGAAGUACUAUGGAAAACCUGAGGAAGUUUACCCUCUAUAUAUUGUAAUGUGUGUCCUUAAUGGUUUUCUCUCGGUGACCGCGGUUUUUGGAAACGCGAGCCUAAUUUCUGCGCUGAGAAAAACUUCAUCUAUUCCUUCGUCAACAAGAACUCUGCUUUGGUGCUUGGCGAUAACAGACCUCACCACUGGGGUACUAGGUCAUCCACUCUACAUCUCCGUAAUUUCAAAAGUUCGGCAAAAUUAUAGCUGCGAGAACGUUCAUGAAACUUUGCUAGCAUUUUUCCUGAUACAAGCUUCGUUAACUGGUUGCUCAUUAAUGGUGGUGACUUUCAUCGGAGUGGAUAGAUUUCUUGCAAUUUAUUUGCAUCUUAGAUACAAUGAACUAGUCACUACAAAGCGAAUAAUCACCGUGGUACUUGCGUCGUGGACUUUUUCCCUGGCUACCAUUUUCAUAUGUGUCUUCUGGUAUUUUAAAGUUGGAGAAGUGGUUUUGCUUAUUGUUGCUUACUGCUCCACGGUUUUGCUCAGUAUCAUAUACAUUAAACUUUUUCUCGUCGCUCGUCAACACGCAGCAAGCGUAAACAGCCAGGCGCAAGUGGCAAUGCAUCUGUCAAGUUUCACAAGCAUGGCUCGAAUCAAGAACUUAGCCAUCAAAACCUUUUACGUAUAUGUUGUAUUCUUACUGUGUUAUUGUCCGUAUUUAAUCACCUUAACUCUGUUGCUAGUGAGUCCUCAGCCGAAUGCAGCUGUAAAGGGAGCCAUACAACUUACAACAGUUCUAGUGCUGCUCAAUUCAUCGUUAAAUCCAGUCGUUUUCGGUUGGAAAAUGAAAGAAGUUCGACAGAUUGUUAAGAAUGAUUUCCAAAAGUUCAUUUUUUGGAAAGCUGAAGAUGUGUAA